CACACACACACACACCAACUCAGCACUGCCUGGACACAGAGGACAUCAGUCGCAGCUCAGCUACAAGCGCAUAAAUGUCUGCAAGAGAGGACUAAUCCUGACUGAAGCCUGAAAUUUGUAUUACUACAUAUUCAUAUCCACUUGCUGGGACCAGUGAUGGAAGUAGAAGGCUGUAAUUCUAGGGUGGCGAUGGAUUCGGGUAACCCCUUACUACGAGCAGUCUUCCUCCGUCGCCUGCGACUCACACGGCUGCUCCUGGAGGGCGGGGCUUACAUCAAUGAGAGUAACAGCCAAGGCCAGACACCCCUGAUGGUAGCCUGCAGGACCCAGCAUAUAGACGCCCAGAGCGCCAGCCGGGUCAAACUGGUUCAAUUUCUGCUGGAGAAAGGAGCAGACCCCAACAUCCAGGACAAGGAGGGUCAUUCUGCACUGAUGCACGCCUGCCGCGACCAGGCCGGCCCUGAGGUGGUAACUCUGCUCCUGGACAGUGGAGCAGAUAUUAGCUUGGAGGAUCAGUCCGGGACAUCAGCAUUGGUCCAUGCAGUCAUGGCUGGAGAGUGGAAUGUUCUGAAACUGUUGCUUGACACUUGCAAGGCCAAAGGGAAAGAGGUGAUCAUCAUAACGACUGACAAAUUCCCAUGUGGGAAACUGCAAGCCAAGCAGUACCUCAGCAUGCCUCCCAUUGGUCCUCUCGACCAGAAAUCAGCAGCUCCUGCAUCUCCCUCGGAAAUUCAGCUCAUCACCUCCCCUCAGUGCACGCCCGCAUCCACAUGUCCCCCGAAGCCUGUCUUCUCUUUUAAUGACGCCCAGUCCUGUUGCGUAAGCUCCAAUCCAUGUUCCCCAUCACGGUUUCGAGGGCUUGGUCAAACGGCGGCAAGCAGACUGCAGCAGCCCCUCCUGAGGUUGAACUCUGAGCCUUGGCUAAAGAUCCCAGCAUCUCUGCUCACUCAGCAGCCUCAUGCAGCCGUGUCUUCAAAAAAUGGUCAUGACUGCAGCCAAACUGAAGACUUCUCUUUUAGAGUUCCCAGACUGGAUAGGGACAACAGCACCACAUCUAACAGCUCUAAAUUGUAUGAAGGAAGACUGGAAAAGGAUAUAGGAGUAGAAAGAGAUAACAAGAAAGACUUCGCCAAACAUGCCAGAAAAAAGAUAUCUUUACCAGGUCUCUUAUCAUCCCACUCUGCCUCCCAUCCUAACCUCCACUCUGUAAACCUUGGAACAGAUUCAGCCGCCUCCUCUUCUUGCCUGUCUGGUGGCAAAAGCCAUGGAACUACACUUCACAGCAUGUCCUCGUCAAGCCUUCAGAGCAUUAUACAGAGGUGCAAGCAGGGUGCAGAAAUCUACAGCUCUGACCCCCAGCUUGCUGUAGACAUCCAAAAUCCCCCAACAGAGUGCAAGAAGUUGGCCCUCUUACGCUGCUCCAGCACGUUGUGCUCCAGAGAGUCAUUGCUGACCUUGGGUCCGAGCAGGAGAGUGCUUUCUAGGUAUGAGCGCAGAGGUUCUGGUGCCUUCUUGUUGGAUCACAACUCUCAGGCCAGGCCUAGGUCUCUGCCACCUCUGACCCUCAACUCCACCAAUGCUCCCAUUCUUAAUGUUUGCAACUUUGGAUCUGGUGCUGGAGGGGGUUUCUCUGACAUAGAGACAGAACAAAAACAUUUCCUUCCCUCUGCCCCUCCUGGACACCCAAAAGAGCUGACCAGGAGGAUGCCUUUAAGGAGACAUUCGAUGCAGUCCGAACAGUUUAAAACCACAGUCUGAAAUUCGGCUGAAAGAAAAGUUCAUCAGUGUGUUUUAAUGUGAUAUAGUCUGUUAUAUAGUCUGUGUAGUGAAAUUCAAUGAGGGAAUCAAAGAAGAAAUACUGUGCAAGAAAAACAACACAUCCCAAUGGAUGUAACAAUGUAAAUACCGCUCCAGUGUUCUAUGUAUUGUCAAAUGUGUAUGUAGCUUCAGUGUAUAAGUAACUCUUCCUUAAAACUGCAUUAAAAAAUGUCCACAAGGGGGAGGUAGAACAAGUUGAAAACACAUCUAAACACAUGUCAUCAUCUUGAAACGUGGCCAUGGUGAAUGUUUUUUAGCCAACAUCUAAAACGUAGAUCACUCAGCUCAAUAGCAUACAUUUGUGGGGGGUUUCUGACUACUUUACAAAUAUUCACUCCCCUCUUAAGCUCACGUUUAGUCUUUGCUAACUGAGAAAAAUAACUGGACCUUAAGCUGCUAAAUGCUCAACUCUUGUUUGUUCUUUGUACUGACUAAGUUGCAUACAAUAAGUUUAUUUGGGCUUUUUUAUGAAAGCAGGGUCAAUGAAGGUGAAAUAUGCAGGUUCCAAACCAAAGCAAUGAGCUAAGAGAAGCUAAAAUAAAGUUCAAAGUGCUGAGGGGAACACUGGCGUCAUGUCAUAAUUCUCUAUGGAUUACGCAUACAUAUGGACCAAAUUAAAAAUCAAAGUAUGGUACAGUUGUCAUUUUAGGUAGUUAAUUUGACGCUGGUGUAUUAUUGUCUCAUUUUUGUACAGUGGGAGGAAGUGGAGAUGCAUCUUCAAUCUUUAUUUGCAGUUAUUGGUGUGAUCCUAUGGGAAGGAAUGUGUUACAUGUGCUUGCAACCUUAAAGCGAGUCAACCUUAAAUGUAAUAAAUAUAUUGUUUAAUUUUGCUUUUUAAUGUAGAAUUGAAAAAAAAACUGUUGUGUGCCCCCAGUGGAAGCAUUGGGCAGGAAAAAAAGACCUGGAUGCAUCCAGCCACAUGUUAUAAUUUUCCUGCCAUCUGAAUAGUUUAAAAAAUGCUGUGUGAAUGUGUCAGCCGCAACACAAACGUGUUGCUAAGACUGUAGUCAGUGUUUUGGGGCUGCAAACAGACAAAGAUUCACUGUGUAACAAUAGCA